UCGCCUCCGUCUGGGUACCAGCUGCCAAUAUUACUCUGCAGGCGUGUGCAGCAAGAAGGAAGGUAGCUCAGACAGUACAGAUCUGUAGGUCGCGGCGAAGUGGGCGAGAGAAGUAUCAAAACUACCUUGAUUGGAACCAUGCAGAGGAGAGUCAGAGACUCUGUCCAUCUAUCAUUGUGAAGUGAAGACUAACAGAAACCAAGGGAAAAAGCAAUUCACCAGACUCUGGUGAAGAUUCAACAUCAGAGCUACAGAAGCAGCCUAGGAGUGUCUGAUGAUAACUACCCUGAACCAUUAUUCACCCCAUCUCUAAGUGUUCCUUCAAACAGGUCAUUUCACCUCCAGCCUUGGGGUCAGCUUGAACAUAAGCAUGGGCCGGGCCCGGGAAGUAGGUUGGAUGGCAGCAGGACUGAUGAUUGGGGCUGGGGCCUGCUACUGUGUUUACAAACUGACAAUAGGAAGACAGGACAGUGACAAAUUGGAGGAAGAAGAGGAAGAUGAAUGGGAUGAUGAUCUCGAACUGGAUGAGGAGGAACAGGAAAUUUGGUUUGAUUUAACACCUAUGGCUCGGCCCUGGAGUGAGGAAGGGGAUUGGAAUGAACCUGGGGCCCCAGGUGGUUCUGAGGACAGACCCUCAGGAGGUGGCAAGGCCAACAGAGCACACCCAGUAAAACAGCGGCCAUUCCCCUAUGAGCAUAAAAAUAUGUGGAGUGCUCAAAGCUAUAAAAAUUUCAGUUGUAUACUUGACCUUUCAAAAUGUCCUUCCAUUAAGGGAAAAAUGUUUCUUGGUGAGAUGAAGGAUGCUUGUUUUCCACUUAACCAUGCAGACAAGAGUUACUUGGCCAACCUCUCUGUCAAUGGAAACACAAUCUCCACUGUCCAUUCCACUGUCAGGGAGAAAGCUCCAGGAUCCCCAAAUAACAUGAAAGCCAGUACUGAAAAUCAGGGCCAGAUUAAGAUGUACAUCGAUGAAAUGUAUAGGGAUACUCUGUCUCAAUGCUGCAACUCACUUCUACAUCAGGCUGGAUUACAUGUGUUAAUAAGCAUGACAAUUAUUAAUAACAUGCUUGCCAAGUCCGUUUCAGACUUGCAGUUUCCUUUGAUUUCUGAGGGAAGUAAAUGUGCUAAGGUUCAGGCUUUGGAAUUGCCGAUGGCUUUGUCUGAAAAGCCAGCCCUGGCAGGGGAGUUGCUAGGUGCCCAAAUGCUGUGCUCAGUCCUGGCUGUCUCUAUUACAAGAGGCAGCAGACAGAUUCUCCAGGAAACCCUCCUCCCUUAAGUGGCAGUCUGGAACAGAAUGGCGCUGAAUGCACCUGAGCCCUGUUCGGCUUUGGUUUACAUAUGUCAAAAGCAAAAAGUCUGUAAUGGGUACACCUGAAGGUGUAGUCUUAGCCAGCCACCAGGGGCUUGGGCAAAAGUUCCAGUGGCUCAGGAACAUCAUUGUCUCCUUGGUCCGGCAGGGCUGCCACACAGCUUUGGGUAACUUCUGGACUGGGCAGGACACAGACAAUGUACAUUGUAACUUCCUGCCUUGUAACUUACCUUCUUGAGGUAAAGGGACCAAUGACCAGGACAGCAAACCACAGCAUCCACAGUGCUGUCCUUGCCCACAGUGGCCUCUUUAUCUAAGUGGGAUCACUGGGCACAGAACAAGCCCACAUGGAAGCUUGUGCUGAAAAUGCAUUUGCUGCUGCUUAAUAUUAAGUCUUUUCCUUUCCUUUCUCCCACACCAGCUGGUGGAUGGUGAGCCUGUUGAUUCAAAUCUUCACUCCCCUCCUGGCCAUUUUACUGACUUAAC